AUGCUUGCAUUCAUGCAGUUGAGGCAGUUCUACCGAACUGGCGGUACGUUCUAUCGUGCAGCCAAUAAAAUGGUGGUGUCUUCGAAAGCUGUAACUCCGUUCAUCGCAUCUCGGGCAUGUGUUGCAAGCACUGCCGCAGCAGAGGAAUUGCCACACAGUCACGCGAAAACUUUCCUGGUGGAGCGCAUCCUGGCAGCGGGCAUGGUUCCUUUAUUUGCCACAUCGUUGUUCGUCCACAACGUUUAUGUCGACUAUACGCUGGCCUGCGCUGUUGCCUUGCACGUUCAUUGGUAAGU